AUGGCUGCCCGACUUUCAGCGCCAAGCAUGAUUUGCUGCGGCUUCCAGCCCGGCGCGUCGGUCAAGUCGCUGACGGCGUGCCUGGCAGGUCUCGGCGUGCGACAGCAAACCCGCCGAGCAUCCAUCCUCAGCAACCUCGCCAACAACAAGGGCGCCCUCCACCCCAAAAAGCGAAUCGGUCGGGGGCCGUCUUCCGGCCACGGCAAGACGUCGGGACGCGGCCACAAGGGCCAGGGGCAGCACGGGAAAGUGAAGGCCUGGUUCCAGGGCGGGCAGACGCCGCUGAUGGUGAAGCAUGGCCGGAUGGGCUUCACGAACCUCCGCGCCGCCAAAAUGUCCGAGGUGAACCUCGACCAGAUGCAGCAGUGGAUCGACCAGGGACGGCUGGACGCGACGAGGCCGAUCACGCCCAAGGAGCUCAUCCAGAGCGGGCUGGUGGGCAGCGUCAAGGACGGGGUCAAGGUGCUCGCGCGCGGGAAGGGGUGCCUGAAGCAGCCGGUGGACGUGGUGGUUUCGCGGGCCUCGGCCGGGGCGAUUGCGGCCAUCGAGGCGGCCGGCGGGAGGGUCCUCACGAGGUACUACACCAAGCUGGCGAUUCGGCGGCUGCUGACGGGCGAGUCGGUCAACACGGACAAGCCCCUCCCCGUGGGGGGGGAGCACGUCGAGCGGGUGCUGGGGGAGGCGAGGAGGGGGCCUUUCCGCUACCGGCUGCCCGAUCCGACGAGCCGCGCCGACAUUGAGUACUACCGGGACCCGGCGCACAGGGGGUAUCUGAGCCACCAGCUCGCGCCGGGGGAGUCGCCGUCUCUGUACUUUAGGGUGCCCGGGGAGCGCAAGGUCAAGAGCGCGGCCAAGGCGGAGAGGAAGGUUGCCGAGGAGACGCUGUGGUGA